UUAAACCCUAGUCCUAAACCCUCCGAAAUUUCUCCACAUUUCCACAGUCACUUCCGAGCAACAGAAUCCCUCAAAUGGCUUCAUCCAUCUUCAACAGACUCAAAUCAAACCCUCACGUCUCUCAAACCCUCAUUUCCAAUGUGUGCUCGGUCAGAUCAGUUUACACUGGAAGGUUUGCCAAUAUAAACCUCUAUUCCCGAAUCAGCCCUCUCGGUACCCCCAAUUUGAGUCUUGUUCCAGUGCUUGAUCAAUGGGUGGAGGAGGGGAAAAAGGUCAGAGACGUCGAGCUUGACCGCAUUAUUCGCGAUCUCCGCUCCCGGAAGCGCUACGCGCAGGCCUUGGAGGUUUCAGAGUGGAUGAGUAGCAAGGAGCUCUGUCCAUUUUCACCAAGUGCUCGUGCUGUGCAGUUGGAUCUGAUUGGUCAGGUCCGUGGGCUGGAAUCUGCUGAGAACUACUUUAAUAACAUGAGUGCUGAAGAGAAAAUUGACAAAAUGUAUGGCGCUCUGCUGAACUGUUAUGUCAGAGAACGUGUCGUUGAUAAGUCUCUCUCCCAUUUGCAGAAGAUGAAGGAGUUGGGUUUUGCUUCCACUCCUCUCCCCUACAAUGGCCUUAUGUGCCUCUAUAUAAAUACCGACCAGUUUGAGAAAAUCCCUGAUGUGUUGUCAGAGAUGCAGGAGAAUGGUAUAUCCCCUGAUAACUUCAGUUAUAGACUCUGCAUAAACUCUUAUGGAGCACGAUCUGAUCUGAACAGCAUGGAGAAGAUCCUUGAAGAAAUGGAGAGCAAAUCCCAUAUUCGCAUAGACUGGAUGACUUAUUCCAUGGUGGCUAAUUUCUACAUAAAAGCGGGUCUUAAUGAGAAGGCACUCAUUUUUCUGAAGAAAGCUGAAACAAAGUUACAUAAAGAUCCACUUGGCUACAAUCAUUUGAUUUCACUAUAUGCGAGUUUCGGGAGUAAAGCUGAGAUGAUGAGAUUGUGGGAGCGUAGAAAAACUGCUUCUAAGAAGCUAAUUAAUCGAGAUUAUAUAACCAUGCUGGGAUCUUUAGUAAAACUUGGUGAGCUCGAAGACACUGAGGCCUUGCUCAAGGAGUGGGAGUCAUCUGGCAACUGUUAUGAUUUUCGAGUGCCUAAUACACUUCUUAUUGGGUUCUACCAGAAGGGGUUAAUUGAAAAAGCUGAAUCAAUGCUUAGGGACAUCAUUGAGAAAGGGAAGACUCCAACUCCAAACAGUUGGAGUAUUGUUGCAGCAGGCUAUAUUGAAAAGCAGAAUAUGGAGAAGGCCUUUGAGUGCAUGAAGGAAGCCAUAGCUGUGCUUGCAGAAAACAAAGGGUGGAGGCCCAAACCUAAAGUGAUUUCAAGCAUAUUGAGCUGGCUUGGUGAUAACAGAGAUGUUGAAGAAGUAGAGACUGUUGUGAGCGCCUUGAAGGCAGUGAUUCCAAUGGAUAGGGAAAUAUAUCAUGCACAGAUUAGAGCAAGUAUCAGAGCUGGGAAGGAAGUGGAUGGAAUUUUAGACAGCAUGAAAGCUGAUAACAUCGAUGAAGAUGAAGAAACAAGGAAGAUCCUUAACUUAAAGCACGACAAAGCCGAGUGAUCAGGUAGGUUUCAUGGGUGAUACACCUUCAUUCCUUCAUUACUGUGCUGCAAUUCAGUGCUCAGGCUGGGGUAACGGUGUUAGAGAAGAAGUCCAAAGUACUCCUACUGUAUAUUUGGGAAGAUCCCUCUUGAGCCUACGGAUGUUUGAGCUCUGUAAUGAUCAUUUACUUGGUUUUAUGAUGAUUUCUCAUCUUCUCCAAUCUUUAUCUGCCUGAUGGGUGGAAGAUUCAGUUUACCUUACAGAUGGAACCUGUUAAUUGGUUUUAUAAAUGCCCAUGUUAAUUUUUCUUCUGCU